CGCCCAUCGAAUUCACCUCUUGUCACCAGAGUAGUGUCAGCCGAAUGCAGCAGUCAUGGCGGCUUGGAUUCCGAAGGCUGCUAUACAGGUUGCGAAAAACCAGAAUGCAUACGCUGCGUGUUACGCCGCACAGAGCCGCAGCUGCUCCUCGAAGCCCAAGAUCAUCAAGAACCCCACUACAGCCAAGUUGAAGAGAGGCACCGGAGGUCGUAGCUCUUUCAAUGGAAUAGUCUGCACCAUUUUCGGCUGCAACGGCUUUGUCGGACGAUACGUGUGCAAUCGUCUCGGGAAAAUCGGUACGCAGUUGAUUCUCCCGCACAGAUGCGACCGUUACUUUGUAAUGCCUCUGAAGUUGUGCGGAGACUUGGGACAGGUUCUGUUCCAUCCCUUCGAAUUGAGGGACGAGGAGUCUAUAAUCAGAAGCAUUAAAUACUCCAACGUCGUCGUUAACUUAGUUGGCAAGGAUGUGGAAUCAAGAAAUUACGAUCUCUACGAUGUAAAUGUGGAAGGAGCUAGAACGUUGGCUAGGCUCGCCAAGCAGUGCAACGUGGAACGUUUCAUUCACGUGUCUUGUUUGAACGCAGAAGAACAUCCCGAACCACGGAUUUUGCCAGAAGGCUCUACGAUUCUUAAAACGAAAUGGCUAGGGGAGUGCGCGGUGAGAGAAGAAUUCCCAGAAGCUACCAUUAUUAGGCCAUCGGUUAUAUAUGGACAGGAGGAUGAAUUUAUGACCCAUUACAUGCAUGCGGCAAGACGAUCGUUGGGGCAAGUGCCAUUAUGGGAAAAAGGCCUGAAAACUGAAAAGCAACCUAUACACGUGUCCGACGUAGCUGCUGGUAUCGUUGCCAUUGCACGGAACUGUCACACAGCUGGAAAAACUUACCAAUUCGUUGGGCCAAAACGCUACCUGCUACACGACCUGGUCAAAUGGUUCUACGAUCUAGCGUGUCGCGGAGACGAAGGAAUUGGUUAUUCCAUAACGCACAUAAAGCAUAAUCCGCUAUUCCAAGUGAAAGUCUCCAUAAACGAGUUCUUCUACAAGAUAAAUCCUGCUGUGAGAACGACUUGGGAAGUGCUGGAGAAACAACACGUCUCCGACACCGUGCUGCCAAACUUGCCAACCCUGGAGGAUCUAGGCAUAACACCCAUCGACAUGGAAUCCCAGAUACCUUGGGAGAUCAAGCCUUACAGAUUCUAUAACUACUACAUUGAGAGUUUGGGAGAAGUCGUAGCACCGCCGCCACCAAAGACCAUUCCCUUGCGUUGAAGACUUUAUUAUCAAUGGAGAUUAGUGUAAAAACAAACAUACGCCUUGAUGGAAAUAAAGAGUACAUCGUUUCAGAUGUUA